CGAGAGCUUGGUUGCCCCUCCAUCUCCAAUUCCUCCGCAUCCACUGAUUGCAUCACCCCACGCCCACACCCACCUCAAACCCUCACAGCACGGAGUACCUAGUCAACCACCACGCCAAACCAAAGGGUUCCCAAAAUGGCGGAUGCACCCGUCUCCUUCCUGCCUCUUGGGGCAAUUAUCCAAGAGCUGCGCGUCGGCGGUGUCAACAUUGUCCAGGGGUUCCCCGAGCAGUCGCAGUACCAACGCUACAACGAUCCCUACUUUGGCGAGACUAUUGGUCGCGUAGCGAACCGGAUCAAGGGCGCGCGGCUCGAGAACCUCAACGGCGGGAAGGUCUACCCGUUGGCGGCGAACAACGGCCCCAACAACCUGCACGGCGGCGUGGUCGGCUGGGGCAAGAAGAUCUGGAACGGGCCGACGCCCGUCGGCGUGCGGCAGAUCCCCGGCAUUGAAGGGCUUGAGGGCGGGGAGAGCGUCAAGUUCACCCUGACGAGUGAGGAUGGCGACGAGGGCUUUCCGGGGACCGUGGAGGUUAGAGUGGUGUAUACCGUUGGCAAGCAGGUGCAGGGUGGGAAGGAGGUGAUUGUGCUGGGGAUGGAGUACGAGGCGGAGCUGGUUGGCGGGGUGGAUGAGACCGUGAUCAACAUGACUAACCACUCAUACUUCAAUCUUACCGGCGGUCCUUCGAUUGAGGGUACCGUGGUGACCCUUGCCACAAACAGCUACCUCCCCGUAGACGACGGUGGUAUUCCGACCGAUGGCCCCAAGCCGUUUAGCAAAGUCGAUGCGAAUAAGGCAUUCACGUUGGGUGCACAAGAGCCGGAUAUCGACGACUGCUUCAUCGUCAACGAGGCAGCCGACGCCGUCCCCAUCGACACCCGCUCGUUGCCCCUGACCAAGCUUGUCAGCGCCCACCAUCCCGAGUCGAAUAUCCACCUUGAGGUUCUCAGCACGGAGCCGGCCUUCCAGUUCUACACUGGCAAGUACAUCAACGUGCCGGAAGUCGCUGGGGUGGCGGCGCGUAAGGCCCGCAGCGGAUUCUGCGUCGAGCCGAGCCGCUAUGUCAAUGCGUGCAAUGUGGACGAGUGGAAGAGCCAGAUGUUGCUGAAGAAGGGCGAGAAGUACGGCUGCCGCAUUGUGUACCGGGCGUGGAAGGAGUAGUACAGUAGCACCUAAGUAGUCAGGUAGUUCUAUCAUCUAUGGCGGUGCACAGAACAAGGAUAUUUUGUUGUGCUCCCCUCGUUGGUUAGACUGAGCGCGAGCAUGUUGGUACAGCCUUU